AUGUAAAAUUUAAUUUUGCUCUUCACCAUAGCUUUCAACUGAAUGCUUUUUAGGUAGCCCGUAUACCGUAGUCAUUGACAAGGUAGGGGAGAUUCUUAGGUUGUCACGGAACACGGAAUUAAGUCUUUGUUUUAGAUACCGCGAAACUGUCACUGGCGAAGUGCUAUUCGAAGCCUCGAAGGAGAUCCAGUGUCAGAAUAAGUUUCUGUCCAUCUUCAUUCAGACUGACAAGUCAAUUUACAAGCCUGGUUCGAAAGUGCAAAUGCGUGUUAUUGUGGUCAAACCAGACUUGAAGCCUUUUAAUGGAGAAGCGGAUAUAACUAUCACAGUAAGUAAACAAAAAAUAUUUUAUUCUUUUUCUUCGCAAUCAUCUGCACUGGUUCGUUAUGUUUUGAUGUUGCCGUGCAACCUAAUUAAUCAUACCAGAUUCCUAAAUCUUCCCUUAGAUCAUGCUAAUUUUACUGCAUUGUUGUCUCUCUUAGUACUCCCCAAAUUCGAGGUGAAGGUCGUCGCUCCGCCGUACACCACUGUCAACGAUGACAUUGCCGUGCUGGUGUCUGCGAAGUACACGUAUGGCAAAGGAGUGAGAGGAACGGCUGCGAUCAUCGCCAAGUACCCUUGGCCGUACUUUGGAUCGACUGACAUCAAAUCCAUCGAACAGAAUAAGGCGGUAAGCUCGGGUGGCCGCAUUUCUCUCCUGAACGACGUAGGCGACGUAUACUUCCAUUUCUCGAACAAGGCUUUGAGAAGCAACGGUCUGAUCAACGACUAUGGCUACAAUCAGAUCAAGUUCAUCGCCACGGUCAAGGAAGAGCUGACCGACCUGACGCGCAAUGGCACGGCCGAAAUCACCGUCUACAAGCAUGCCGCGAAGUUGUUCAUCACGAAGCUCGCAGAUCUCUUCAGUCCGGGCCUGAAUUAUUCAUUUCUGACGUAUAACAUCGUAAAAAAAUCGUUUUGUCGUUGCCAUAGUUUUGACCUUCGGAUGAACGACCGACUUCUUCAGGUGAUCAGUCGCGGUUUCAUCGUGUGGAACGGCAUGGCGGACUGCGUCGAUCGCCGGGCGCAGUUUUCAUUCAGCGUAACGCACGAAAUGGCACCCAGCGCCCGACUGCUCGUGUACGCAAUUCGUCCAGAAAACAAUGAGGUGAUGGCCGCCUCUCGAGACAUAAAGGUCAACGGCAUUUUCGAAAACAACGUUGAAAUAACGGUAGACCCAGAGAAAGGGGAGCCAAACACAGACGCCUCGUUCCGAGUCAGCGCCUCACCGGCCUCCGUUGUUGGACUGCUAGCCGUUGACCAGAGCGUCCUUCUGCUGAAAUCCGGAAACGACAUCACCGUUGACAAGGUAACAGACUUUCUUAAAAUUUUCACUCAUUUUGCAUUUGGGGCGUUUUCUGCAGCUUAUCAACGGGCAUAUGCAGGAUUCGUACGACCCUUGGCGAUGACCGGAGGAAUGUUGGCCAAAGAAGCGACAACUACUAUUGAUAUGGAAGCUGUGCCAAAUAUGGUCGAGGAAGAUGCACCCAUGGUUGCUCAACCCGCUCAAGCGGGUAGCCCACCGCACGUGCGUGUUCAUUUCCCGGAAACAUGGAUAUGGACAGAUUUUAAGACAAGUGCCAACGGAAAGGCGCAGUAUACAGCUGUGAUUCCGGACACAAUAACGUCUUGGAUCGCGAGCGCGUUUGCAAUCAACGAAAAUCAAGGCUUAGGAGUUUCUCCGAACACUGCAAAGUUAGAGGUGUUUCGACCUUUCUUUGUUCGUCUUAACCUACCGUAUUCGGUAAAGCGCGGGGAAUCGAUGGCUUUGCAAGUGCUGGUGUUCAACUACAUGGACAAGCAGGAAACGGUUACGUUGACCUUAGAACACAACGCAAACAGCGGCUUCGAAUUUGUACAGAAAACAUCGAAGAAAGGCACGAAGGAUAAAACGUCGCUCAACAUAAGGACAAUCAACGUUCCUGGCAAGGGCGGAUCUGCUGCGGUCUAUUUUCCCAUAAGGCCUACGAAGAUUGGCACUAUAGACCUUAAGGUGAAAGCGCAAGCGACUUCUGCUGCUGAUGCUGUACAGAUGCCUCUGAUCGUUGAAGCAGAGGGUUAUCCUGUAUUUGCCAACACUCCAGUCAUCAUUGACCUACGGACCAAGAAGUCUUUCAACUUCAAAUCUUCUCUGCAGAUCUUAGGAAGCGUUAUCAAGGGCUCUGAAAAGGCGGACGUUUCAGUGAUUGGCGAUAUAAUGGGACCGAUAUUUAACAAUAUCGACAAUCUGAUUCAAAUGCCAUACGGCUGCGGCGAACAGAACAUGAUUAAUUUCGUUCCUGACAUCAUCGUCAUGCAGUACUUGAACGUCACCAACCGGCUAAAGCCUGAAAUACGGGCCAAGCUGUUGAAGUACAUGGAAUCCGGCUACCAGAGAGAGCUAAAUUACCAGAGAGACGAUAACUCCUACAGCGUGUUCGGCAAAUCAGACCCCCGGGGCAGCACGUGGCUUACGGCUUUUGUUGUACGCUCCUUCAAACAGGCAGCGCCGUACGUUCAUGUCGACAGCGACAAACUGAAGGCGUCCAUUCGGUAUUUGUUGAAGCAACAGAAAGAAAACGGUGCCUUUGAAGAAAGUGGCCAGGUUCAUCAUAUCGGAUUACAGGGUGGUUCUGGUCAAAGCGGCGUUCCUCUCACCGCAUUCGUGAUGAUGGCGAUGCUUGAAAACGAGGUUUAUAUUCAUUUUGUUUCCUCGUGUCAUUUAAAGCUUCGAAUCAUCGCUGACCUCAGGUUAAAAGUCCGGAACUCAAAACGUGACGCGGCUUUUCAUAUGCUGGAAAAACUAGCCACAGACAAAGGUAUGAAAUCUUUUCACACAAGGCAAAAUAAAGAGGAAGUUUGCUAUUUUUGGCACAGGCCUUCCGACAUCGAGGCGACUGCCUACGCUUUGCUGACUUACGUGUUGCGCAACGACAGCGCCUCGGCAUUCCCCAUUGUCCGGUACUUGGUGAGCCAGCAGAACGCUCACGGUGGCUUUGCCAGCACUCAGGAUACCGUCGUUGCGUUAAUGGCAUUUGCCGCAUACGCCGCGAAAACCUAUACGUCUGACAUCGACAUGAAGGUGGUAAUUCGCAAUGGCGACCAGAAAUUUACGCUCGACGUAACUCCGGAGAACUCGAUCGUUCUUCAGUCUGCUGAGCUGAACGGCCUUGAGGAACCGAUCGAGGUAAACGCUUAUGGACACGGUGUGGCGUUUGCCCAAAUCAGCUGGCAUUACAACGUGAAGACGAGCGACGACCAGAAACCGUUCGUCUGCGAGCAGCGCGUUUACCAGAGCUCAGCUAGCGAGAUUUUGCUCGCUUUAUGUUGCAACUAUAAUAUGGAAGGCAAAAGCAACAUGGCUGUCCUGGAGUUGGACCUGAAUCAGCUGACGGCAGAAAAUGUUCUGCAAAGGGUCGAAACCGAGAAAGGAAACACCCAUGCCAACCUGUACUUUAAAUCGGUAAGGAAAACUCUGAUUGAAAGAUUUCAAGAGAGUGGUUGUCAGAAAGCUGACGUACUGCGUCAUUGGACUGCAUUUGACGAGAUCAGCCCCUUUCAAACACGAUAA